AUGGCGGUGGCGGCGGCGCGGGGGUCCGGGGCCGGGCGGAUGGCGAUGUCGCUGGCGGCGGCGGCGGCGGCGACGCGGGGGUCGGGGCCGGCGCGGAGGCGGCUGGAGGCGGAGGCGGCGGAGGCGGAGGCCCCGGUGGUGCAGUACGCGGGCGGGCGCGGCCGGCGGGCCCAGCGGCUGUUCGCCUGGGGCUUCGCCUUCUCCGGGGCCCUGGGCCUGCCCUCCUUCGCCCUGCCCCGGCCCGGCGCCUCCCCGCGGCGCCUCCAGCCCGUGCCCUACCGUCUACGCUUCCACCCCGACCCCAAGAUCUCCUCGGUGGCCUGUGGCUACGGGUUCACGCUGCUGGCCUCUUCCACCCGCGAUGUGACCAAGGUGUGGGGCAUGGGGCUCAACAAGGACUCCCAGCUGGGCUUCCAGCAGAGCCGGCAGCACAGGGAUCGGGGCUACGAAUACGUCCUGGAGCCGAGCCCCGUGGCCUUGCCGCUGGAGCGGCCCCAGGAGAGCCGAGUGCUGCAGGUGUCCUGCGGGCGGGCCCACUCCCUCGUGCUCACGGAUGGUGAAGGAGUGUUCAGCAUGGGCAACAACAGCUACGGACAGUGCGGCCGAGAGGUCGUCGAGAACGAGGUGUACAGGGAGAGCCACGUGGUGCACAGGAUACGGGGAUUGGAUGAGCAGGUCGUGCAGGUGGUGUGUGGACAGGAUCACAGCCUGUUCCUCACGAAGUCGGGGGCGGUGUACUCCUGCGGCUGGGGGGCAGACGGGCAGACGGGCCUGGGCCACCUGCGGGUGACCAGCGUCCCCAGCCGGCUGCGCGGGGACAUCGCCGGCGUCCGCAUCGUCCAGCUGGCCUCCUACGGCGACUCGUGCCUGGCCGUGUCCGCCGACGGCCACCUCUUCGGCUGGGGCAACUCGGAGUACCUGCAGCUGGCCGCGGUCACCGAGUCCACCCAGGUGAAGGAGCCUCGGCACCUGCCCUUCUCCGCCGUGGUCGGGAAGGUGAAGCAGGCGGCCUGCGGCGGCACCGGCAACAUGGUCCUCAACGACCAAGGCGAUGUGUUCGUCUGGGGGUACGGGAUCCUCGGGAAGGGUCCCACGCUACUGGAGACCCCCACGCCGGAGAUGAUCCCGCCAAUCCUGUUCGGCCGGACGGACCGCAACCCGGACAUCCGCGUGGCCCAGGUCCGCUGCGGGCUCAGCCACUUCGCCGCCAUCACCAAUAAAGGGCAGCUGUUCGUGUGGGGCAAGAACGUGCGAGGUUGCCUGGGCAUCGGCCGCAUGGAGGACCAGUAUUUCCCCUGGAGGGUGACCCUGGCCGGGGAGCCGGUGGACGUGGCUUGUGGAGUGGAUCACAUGGUCACCAUGGCCCAGUCGUUUAUCUGAAGCCCCAGCGCCGUACACCCAACACCCGCACCUCGGGGGGGACGGCCCCCCAGAAGCCGCUGCUCUUCUGCUACACCUCCCUCCCCCCCCCCCCCCCGCCACCAGGAGCGGCACCUACCGGGGCAGUCACGGCUCCCCUUUCCGCGGUGCCCAGCCUCCGACCGACCCGACGGUGUGGGUUUCACCACCCGGCCGGCCCCAGGAACGAGGCCUCGCAAUGUCGUGGUGUCCCAGGGCCCCACCCCAGUUGCCUUCACCAACUUUCCCGAGGCCGAGGGAAGGGCAAGGGUGGAGAGUGGGGGACCCUCGAGUCACCCCGCCUGACCGGAGGUGCGGUCGGGACCCGCCUGGGGCGGCCCGGCUCCCAGAAGCCUGGGCACCCCACCCCCCAGCAGCUCGGACCGUGCCAGGUAGGCCGAGAACUUGGCCGGGCCGCAUUCCCCACCGCGGCGUGUGCCCCUCGGGGUCCCGGUGGGGGUUUUCGGUCAGCUUCCGCGUUUCGGGCUCUCUCCCUUUUCUGCCGGUCGUCCCCUCUUCCGGUGAGAGACCCUGUGUGUGUGGGGGGGAGAGUUCGUAUCCCGGUUCUCAGGUUGGUGCUCGCCGCAUAGUGGCCCUUAGUAAAUACUGGCAUGAACGGCUUGGACACGGAGGCUCUGGUGGGUCAGGCUGGAGUGAAGUGCGCGGACGAAGCCCACCCUAGAGCCAGCCGCCCCGUCCUCAGAGCUGUGAGGAACGGCCACACGGCCUCGGGGAGCGGGAGCCGCUUGAGGGGAUGAACCCAAAAUAUUAAAUGAAUCGAAGAGACUGGAAGUGAGCCUUAAUUUACCAGGAAUGACCUGAAAUGACUCCAGUUGUCCUGAAAAUGAACCCGUUUUAUGUGAAAUUGCCAGGAGUGACCUGAAGUGUGAACCUGGUUGUCCUUAACCUCAUUUUCCUUUGAAUUGCUAGGAGUUGACCUGAAAAUGACCUCAGUUACCCUUGUGUGGCCCCCUUAAGUUAUGAGAUGGUCCCCAUUUAACGUGAAAUUGUGGGGUGAUCCGAAAUGACCCUAGUUCUCCCGAGAUGACCGUUUAGACUGAAAUGAGGUGGAAUGAGCCGAAAUGACCCCAGGUGACCUGAAAUUGUCACGGGAAGACCCGAAAUGAUCCUGGUCAUCUCUGUGCCCCCAUUUUCAUCUGAAAAAGUCCAGAAUGACCCCAGUUGAACAGAAAGGCCAGAGGAAGUCCUGAAAUGAACCCCAUUUAAUCUGAAAAGAGGUGGGUUGACCUGAAACGGCCAGAUAAUGGCCUGAAGUGACCCCAGCUGUCCUUAGGUGAUGCCAUUUUUUCGGAAAAGGACGAAUGACCUACAGUGACCCCAAUGUGCCUGAAAUGUCCGGAGGACGACCGACAGGGCCCUGCUUGUGGUCACUUGUAUGCGACCCCCACCCACCACCUCCUGUUCCUGCCCCCGGGGCCCCAAGACCAGGAAGUUGGAGGGAUGGGGGCCGGGGGACGUGGGCAGAACCUGGGUGGGGCAGGGCAGUGGCGCCCCACUGGGCCAGCAUCAACCCCAGCUCACUGCUCCAUCUUGCUGCCCUGACCGCUCCCGUGGAAGACAGGCCUCCCUCUCGGCCCCAGGAAGACUGAGGCUGGUGGGGGGAGGGGGGCAGGGGUCUCAGACACCAGCAAGCAUGGCUUUUUUUCCCUUUGGUCUGAGCAGAACAAAGCAGGCAGCUUAAGGUUACCUUUUGUCCGUUUUAAUUAACACUUUACAAAGUA